CCCGUCCGCCCAAACCUGGAGAAUGCCCAUCCCUCCAGGAAGACAGCGCCCCCCAGACUUUUCUCCCUACCUCCUUUACGCCAGGGCCUUGCGGGGAUUGAGCCCGAACAAUAUGGCGACCCAACAUCUCGAGGGUAUUCGAUAAGCGAGCACGACGGUUGGGUCUCCUGCACAGGGGACUAGAACCACUCGUGGAUUUAAAGACUCCCCGGUGUGCCCUUAUCGAAGCAGAACCCGUGUUCUCUCUCUCCCACUACCUACUCCAUCAUCCUAGACACCCUGCUGAAUCCCUUGAACCUACCAACAAAUACAAUUAUGCCUGUGCAGAUUGAGUGGGAGAAGAUCCAGCCCAAGCUGAAAUGGACCAUCCUGAAUCAGCAGAGGGGCUUCGCCGCCUGGGCUAUCUUCACAUCGAUUGGGUCGAUGAUGUUGGGUUUCGACUUUGGACUUUCUGGCACUCUCACGGCUUUUGGCCCGUUCAAGAAACAAUAUGGUGAACCAUAUCCUAGUGUAGCGGGAGGUUAUCUUAUCCGAGCCCCCAUUCAAUCUGGAUGGACAGGCGUGUCUACUGUCGGUGAUAUCGUAGGUAUCUUCAUCUCAGGAUACCUGCUCGACUGGGUCGGAAGAAAACACACCUUGGGCAUUGGAGCAGUACUUACGGCGGCCGGUGUUGCGGUCCAGAUCGGAGUUCAGACCUGGCGAGGAUUUAUGGUCGGCCGACUUGUCAAUGCCAUCGGGUUUGGUAUUGUCUUCCUGGUCACGCCUGUUUUCAUCGGAGAAGUGUGCCGGCCCGAGGUCAGAGGAACUUUUCUCUGUAUCAUCAACGGAUCUAUUGUCUUUGGGCAAUUCCUUCUCGCAUUGGCUGCCAACUUUUGUGCAAAGAGAACCGAUAAGUGGUCCUACGAGAUCAUGAUCAUCCUGCAAUUCGCCUUCUGCAUCGUCUUGUUGGCCGGCUAUCCAUUUUUUCCAGACUCGCCAUUCUACUUCCUGAACAAAAGUGAACCUGAGAAAGCCCGUAGAUCGCUCAACAAAAUCCACGGCAGUUCCGAUCAGAGAUUGAUCGAGGCUGAGAUGGUCCGACUGCAGGAAAUGGUCAAUACCACGAGGCAUAUGCAAGAGCUGGCCGGAGAAUUAGGUCCUCCCAUAUUGCAAAGUUUCAAGGGGAAGAAUUUGAAACGGACUCUGACCGCAUGUUUGAUGUCUGGUGCCCAACAAUUGAUCGGAUCAGCCUUCGUUCUGGGGUACAUCACCUAUUUCAUGGAACUUAUCAACGUGUCCCACUUCUUCACCGUGUCGGUCGUGUUGUACGUCAUUAUGUUGCUGUCCAACAUCUCGGCUUUCUUCGUGAUUGAGUAUGUUGGUCGGCGAAAGCUUCUCGUGUACGGAAUCAUUGGUCUCACCCUGACGGAAUUGCUUAUGGGAAUCAUGGGCUGUGUUAGUGCCUCAGGCGCCAUCUGGGUCAUCCUUGUCAGCAUCUUCCUCUGGGCUAUCAUCUACCAGAUGACUGUGGGUGCAGUGGGAUUCGCCCUCGCUUCAGAAGUCCCGACACCAAGAUUGCGUCCAGCAACGAUGUCUUUGGUUGGUUUUAGCCAAGGUGCAACUGGAUGGCUGAUUGGUUUCGUUGUCCCCUACAUGAUCAACCCCGACGCCGGAAAUCUAGGUGCCAAAGUCGGCUUUGUUUUCUUUGGUCUGGGUGUUCCUCUGAGUAUCGCCUUCUUCUUUCUUGUCCCAGAAACCAGGGGCCUCAGUUUUGAGGAGAUUGAUCAUCUCUACAACAACAAGGUCGCCCCGCGUAGAUUCCAACAGAUUAUCAUGGUAGAGCGAGAACGGGAGGCCGAACAGGGGGUCAUGGGACACGGCAAGGCGGACGCAGCGGUGGUGAGUGAGGUUGAGAAAUGCGCACCACCUCUAGGACAAGGUCCUUGAAGCAGACACCGGCCGCCGCGGUCGAUGGCUCGAAGGGAAGAAGUAGGACGGAAAUUCCUACCGAUGAAGAUGCUGCAUUACUUAGGACAACAUCACAUCGUGCGCGAGUGUA